AAGGCAAAUAGUCUCAUAAAUUCAUAAUCUGGAGUCCAGACUCUGGACCGACAGAGAUCAGCAAACAGUUAUGGCAGGCAGGCUCCUCCUAGUUUCCUCCUCCCUCUUUCCAUGAGUUUUCCUGUUGAGACUUAAUCACCCAAUUCUUUAAAUCAAUCUCAGUUUUCUUUCUUGGUUUUAUAUUUUUGAAAAGCGUUCAUUCUCGUUUUGUUUUUAAAAAAAAAAAAAAAAAUCAGAAAUGAAAAAACUUGCCAAGUUACCCUUGAAAUCAUCAGAUAAACUGUACAAGUUUGAGAUGGAUUUUUCAAUGGGCAAGCAAAGAUCGAUUCAAGUUUUGGUUUUUAUAGGUCUUCUCUACUUAUGUUUGGUUGGUUUCGAAAUCCCAUUUGUUUUCAGAGCUUCUAUUUCGCAGGAACCGAUAACUCGACCUCCUGUACUCAACGUCGAACAAGAUUUUCAAGUACACGAGGCCCCGUCUCGUCCUUUGGAGAACUGGGUUUCCCAAAACAAUAACUCAGAUAGCCGGGCUCAGACUCGACAACUCACUCAGUCAAACAACAGAAACAAAAUUCUCUCAAACUUAUCAUUUGAUAACAACACUUUCGACCUUACUGGCGAAUCCAGGUCUUCUGAAAUACACAAGACGGCCGCAACCGCUUUUGAAGUGGGAAGAAGAUUAUGGAAAGAAUUCGAAUCAGGAAAAGUUCAAAUCGAUGCCAAAAAACCUGAAAGCACAUCAGAAUCGUGUCCACACUCCAUUUCACUAUCCGGGCGUGAGUUUUGGAAGAACGGAAGUGUGAUGAUUUUGCCAUGUGGACUCACACUGGGAUCAUAUAUUACGGUGGUGGGCAAGCCGAGGCGGGCCCACCUGGAGACUGUCUCCAACAUUGCUCUGGCGAAGAAUGGUGAGAAAGUUAUGAUUUCACAGUUCAUAAUGGAGUUGCAGGGAUUGAAGACUGUAGAAGGGGAGGACCCACCAAAAAUAUUGCAUUUUAAUCCAAGGCUGAAAGGGGAUUGGAGUGGGAAGCCAGUGAUUGAACUGAACACUUGUUACAGGAUGCAGUGGGGCUCGGCUUUGCGGUGCCAGGGAUGGAAGUCCAGGCCUGAGGAGGACACUGUUGAUGGUCUUGUGAAGUGUGAGAGCUGGACUGGAAAUAAUGAAGGUUUUGCUGAAAAGUCUAAAUCAAAAUGGUGGGAAAACAUGAAUCGGUUUCUAGGUGUAAAGAAAAAAGUAACUGUUGAAUGGCCAUUCCCAUUUGUAGAGGACAGUCUUUUUGUAAUGACUCUUCGUGCAGGUUUUGAGGGUUAUCAUGUUGAUGUUGGUGGGAAUCAUAUCGUCUCCUUUCCCUAUCGAACUGGAUUCACUCUUGAAGAUGCCACUGGGCUAACUUUGAAUGAGGACGUUGAUGUUGUCUCGGUAUUUGCUGCAUCCUUGCCUUUGUCACAUCCUAGUUUUGCUCCUCAAAGGCACCUUGAGAUGUCAACCAAAUGGCAGGCUCCACCUCUUCCUGAUCAGCCUGUGGAACUUUUCACUGGAAUACUCUCUGCAGGCAAUCAUUUUGCUGAGAGGAUGGCUGUGAGAAAGACUUGGAUGCAACAUGAACUUGUUAAAUCAUCAAAUGUAGUAGCUCGUUUCUUUGUGGCACUGCAUGCUAGGAAGGAAGUGAAUGUCGAAUUGAAGAAAGAAGCAGAAUUUUUUGGUGACAUUGUGAUCGUUCCUUACAUGGAUAACUAUGAUCUUGUGGUGUUGAAAACUGUUGCCAUAUGUGAAUAUGGGGCUCGUGCAGUGUCUGCUAAGUAUAUUAUGAAAUGCGAUGAUGAUACAUUUGUACGAGUAGAUGUAAUUAUUAAUGAAGCAAGGAAAGUACCCGAAGGCAGGAGCUUCUAUAUCGGGAACAUUAACUACUACCAUAAGCCCCUACGCCAGGGUAAAUGGGCAGUAACAUAUGAGGAAUGGCCAGAGGAAGAUUAUCCACCCUAUGCUAAUGGGCCAGGCUACAUAUUGUCAUCCGACAUUGCACAGUCCAUUGUGUCUGAUUUUGAAAACCGUGAACUGAGAUUGUUCAAAAUGGAAGACGUGAGUAUGGGAAUGUGGGUAGAGAAGUUCAACAGCUCGAAACCAGUAGAUUAUCUACACAGUUUGAAGUUUUGCCAGUUCGGGUGCAUCGAAGGUUACUACACAGCUCAUUACCAGUCUCCGAGGCAGAUGAUCUGCCUGUGGAGUAAAUUGCAAAAGACAGGAAAGGCUGAGUGUUGUGAUAUGAGAUGAUUAUGGUUUCUGGUCAUGAAGAACAUGGGAACAAAUUUUGCAGUCAUAUAGCACUAUUUAUCUAUUGUAUAUCCAGUGGUUAGUUGAUUUAGGCCUCUGCAAAUAUUCUUCUCUUUAUAUUCUUUCAUUUUCCUUCUUUUGUCUUAAACAUUUUUAUAUAUAUUCCAUUACAUUUAUAGAAAGAUUUAAAAAAAAAAUUGAAGCCCAAUACAAUGAAACAGGAGACCUUCUUUACAACAAAGUCAGCAGAUAACAUAUUCAAUACCUUGAGGUACCUUUUCUUGUAGCUUCCUAGCAUAUUUUCUAGCAAUUUCUUUGUCUUUGUCAUCCUCGAACUCUCAAUAUUUUCCCAGUGACAAUGGGUUGGUGGGGUUAGCAGUCAUUUUCUCAAGCCUGACGGCAUUUUAAAGAAGGUAACGUAGAAUCCAAUUACUUCCACCACCUUGAGGUGUUGAUGGGAGCAUUUAGUACAUGUAUGUACUGUUCUUCUCUGCUAUAACCAAUAUAUGACUAAAGAUCAAUGAAAAAAGAGAAGAGUGCAUAUUACUAA